AUGUCGUCUGCAGUGGCUGCCAACGUCACCGCUGCUGGUCAGCGCGCUGGCAAGAAGACCACCCCUUCCACCACCGACAAGGCCGCCAAGGUCGAGAAUGUGCGAUACUCGCACCGCAAGGCAGCUGCCUACGACGAGAAGGAGAUUCCCACCUUUGAGGUGCCCAAUCUGACCGUCAAGGACCUGCUCUCCGCCAUCCCCGCCCACUGCUUUGAGCGCUCGGCCUUCAAGUCCUUCACCUAUGUCUUUGCCGACUUUGCCAUGAUCGCUGCUCUCGGCUUUGCCGCCUCCUGCAUUGACCCCACCGUGGCAACCAGCUUCUCGGGUCUCAAGUCCAACGCUCUCUCCCCCUACAUCUCCCUCGGCAUCCAGCAGGCUGUCGCUCGCUUCGCCGCCUGGUCCGUCUACUGGAUCCUCCAGGGUAUGGUCUUCACCGGCGUCUGGGUCAUUGCCCACGAGUGCGGCCACCAGAGCUUCAGCACCAGCAAGACGCUCAACAACGCCGUCGGCUGGGUGCUCCACUCGGCUCUCCUCGUGCCCUACCACUCGUGGCGCAUCUCGCACGCCCGUCACCACGCCGCCACCGGCCACCUCACCCGUGACGAGGUCUUUGUUCCCCGCACCCGAUCUCAGCGCAACCGCCUUCCUCUGCAGCCCGCCCCCAAGUCGGGCGACGACUCGAACGACGAGGACGCUGUUGAGAAGGAGGUCGGUGCCGUCAACGUUGACGAGACCUGGGGCGAGUGGCUCGCCGAGGUUCUCGAGGAUGCUCCGCUCUACAACCUCACCUACAUCUUCGUUCAGCAGCUCCUCGGCUGGCCCCUCUACCUCCUCAGGAACGCCUCCGGUCAGCUCCACUACCCCAAGUACACCAACCACUUCAACCCCGACGCCAUCAUCUUUGAUCAGCGUCACCGCUCGCAGAUCAUCGUCUCGGACAUUGGCAUCGCUGCUACUCUUAGCGCGCUCACUGCCUGGGGCAUGCUUUCCAAGGGCGGUUUCUCCGACGUCUUCCGCUACUACGUUAUCCCCUACUUCUUCUGCAACCACUGGCUCGUCAUGAUCACCUACCUCCAGCACACCGACCCCGCCCUCCCCCACUACAAGGCCGAGGCCUGGACCUUCCCUCGUGGCGCCCUCUGCACCAUUGACCGCAACUGGCUCGGCCCCGUCGGUCCCUACCUCUUCCACGGCAUCUCCGAGACCCACGUGCUCCACCACGUCUCGAGCAAGAUCCCCCACUACAACGCCUGGGAGGCCACCGAGGCGCUCAAGGCCCGUCUCGGCAACCACUACGUCAAGAGCACCGAGAACGUCUUUGUUUCGCUCUGGAAGAGCAUCAACACCUGCAAGUUCGUCGACGAGAACGACCAGGUCGCCUUCUACCGCACCGUCGAUGGCGUUCCCCACCGCAUCGUCUCGCCCGACAGCACCUACGCUUCGGACUCUGGCAUCGCCAUGUCCGAGUGA